AUGAUUUACAAUAGGGGCGUGGGGUGUGCACAAAAAGGUGACAGAGGACCUGAGCCUGAGCCUGAGCUUGAGCCUGGGGGUGCGGCCGAGAACGGCCUGCGGAUUGCUCCCGACCGAGGUGUAGGGGGGUGCCGGAGCGAGGUAACGGGAGAAGAAGAGGAUGUGAACGUGAAGAGGGGACGAAGGGCGGGGGGGGGGCGUGGCGAGGGGAAAAGAGCGGUGGGAAAUUCGAGUCAGAGAGACCUGGAAGGGGAAAACCAGGGCGGUACAGAGGCGGCUAAGUGGACGGGCGGAGCGGAUACAACGCCUGUCACUGGUAAUUCUUGGGGGGGAUGGGGUGGCCGAAGCGGAUCCGUGGGGAGAAAAGGAAGAGAGACUCUCAAGGCCUCUGAAGGCUCUGGUUAUGGCGGUUGA